UACUACCACAUCUCGUACUGGAAGUUCUACAACUGCGGAACGCUGCGGGACCUGUGGACUCUGAAGCCUCGAGGCGCAAUCAAGCCUCUUCGGAUCCCUUAUGCCGUCAUGGCUCGGUCCAUCCGCCAGGUGUGCGCGACUUUCCAGUUCAUGUACCGAGCCGGCCCCGAGGCUGUCUACCACCGCGACGCUCACGGCGGCAACAUCUUUGUCCACUACGAACCUUGCAACGACCUGCCCGACUUUUAUCUCGGCGAUUUU